UUGCUUUCAAUGUUAUAUCAAAAUUGAGACGAAUAUUUGGGUAUUUAAUAGUCAUUUUUUAUGAAAAAUGUCCCAGGAUAUUGAGUCAUCCCUUGUGGCAGUGAGAAAUAAUGUGCCUGAAGCCGUUAACCAGACUAGGAUUACUCACCAAACAACUGCAAAGAUGGUUAUUUCGUCAGAAAGUUGCCAUGAGUACAGUGGAGCAAUAUUAUGAUCCACCCGAUAAAUCGGAGGGCGAUAAGAAACAGUAUCGUGCAUUGAGUCUAACAAAUGGACUUCGGGCUAUGCUAAUAUCGGAUCCCAAGUCGGUAGAGGUCCGGCCGGAAGCCAGUGAUGCCAGCAUGGGGUCCUCACUGGAGCCGUUUCAGGGUAAACUAGCUGCCUGCGCAGUGCUUGUGACGGUGGGAUCCUUUAGUGAAUCGCGGCAGUUUCAGGGAUUGGCCCACUUCCUGGAGCACAUGAUCUUCAUGGGCUCUGAAAAGUUUCCAGCUGAGAACGCAUUUGACGCAUUUGUAACCAAGAGCGGGGGCUUCAGUAAUGCGCAUACUGAGAAUGAGCACACGUGCUUCUACUUUGAAGUGGAGGAGGACCAUCUCAAUAAGGCCAUGGACCUCUUUAUGAAUUUAAUAAAGGCCCCACUGAUGCUUCCCAAUGCAAUGGAGCGUGAAAGGUCGGCCCUGCAGUCGGAGUUCGAGCAGACCCACAUGCGGGACGAGGUCCGCAGGGACCAGGUCUUUGCAAGCUUGGCCAAUGAGGAGUAUCCACAUGGCACCUAGUGGGGUAAUUUGAAAUCUCUUCAGGAGAAAGUCGACGAUGCCACGUUGCACAAGGAACUGCAUUCGUUCUUUCGAAAGCAUUACGGGUCUAACCGCAUGAUAGUGUCGAUUCAAUCGGUGCAGCCUUUGGACGAACUAGAAAUGCUCCUACGGCAUUGCGGAGAUAUACAGAGAAGCGAAGAGAAUGCUCCCGACAUGUCCAUGUACGGCUACCAAGCCGCCUUUCAGGAGCAGUUCUUCAAAGACGUACUCCUCGUGCAGCCCGUUGAAGAUGUCUGCAAGCUGGAACUGACCUGGGUGCUGCCGCCAAUGAAGAAGUUUUACCGCAGCAAGCCGGACUCCUUCCUUGCCCAGCUCAUUGGCUACGAGGGAGUGGGCAGCCUGUGCUCCUAUCUCCGGCGACGCCUGUGGUGCAUGAGCGUCCGAGCAGGCGUGGGCGGAGGUAGCUUCGAGACCAACUCGAUCUACUCCUUGUUCAGCAUAUCCAUAUAUCUCACAGACGAUGGGUUCGAGCACUUGGACGAGGUGCUGGGCGCCACAUUUGCAUGGGUAACUUGCUGAAUAAUAGCCAGACUCCCGGCCCACUACGAAGAACUUCAGCAAAUUUCCAAAAAUAGUUUUCGAUUUCAAGUCGAAGUCCCCUCCAUGGACAAUGUUCAAAAUAUUGUCGAAGACUUCAGUUACCUGCCACCGAAAGAUGUCCUCACUGGAUCAGAUCUAUACUUUCAGUACAAUGAAGGACUUGAAGCUUUUCAAAGACACAUGAGCGCAUUUAAUUUUAACAUAAUGAUUUCAUCACACAUCCCGUAUGAGAACCACGAGUACGAUCAGGAAGAACCUUGGUUCGGAACCCAGUUCAAGACGAUUCCGAUGCCAUCGAAAUGGCGAACUAUGUGGGAAAAGCCGCCGGUGGUGAAUGAACUGGCUUUUCCCAAACCCAAUCCCUUUGUAACCACCGACUUUACGCUGCACUGGAAGGAAGCCGGACAGCCGUAUAUUUCGCGAAGUCCCAAGGCUUUGGUGAAGAAUGAUUUAUGUGAGCUGUGGUUCCGGCAGGACAACAUCUUCCAGCUGCCCGAGGGGUAUAUUAAUCUGUACUUUAUCACGCCACUUGUGCGGCAAAAUGUGGAAAAUUAUAUUCUCGGAGUGCUCUUCACCUAUUUGGUGGAAUUUGCAAUAGCUGAAGAAUUAUAUCCAGCCUUGGAAGCCGGUCUAACGUAUGGCCUCUACAGCGGCGACAAAGGUCUGGUUCUGCGUGUCAGUGGCUUCAAUCAAAAGCUGCCUUUGGUGGAAAUAAUACUGAAAGUGAUGCAAAAUAUCAAUUUGGAUCCGGCCCAAGUGGAAUCCUUUAAGGAUAAAAGGCGUCAAAUAUUCAAUGCUCUUCUCAAUGGACACGCGUUGAACCUCGACUUGCGUCUUAGCUUGCUAGAAAAGCACUUUAGCAUGAUACAGAAAUACGAGGCUAUUGAUGCAAUUACCAUAGACAAUUUGAAACAGUUUAGAAAUUUCGCCCAGAAAAUGUAUGUGCAGGGUCUCAUUCAGGGGAACUUCACAAGUGACCAGGCCCAGGAAUUAAUGGAUAAAGUUAUUUCGAUGUAUAAAAGCGAAAAGAUCGAGGAUUUGUCUUCUCUGGACAAUAGCUUAUUGCUGCCUCUGGGGACUCAUUUUCUGCGUGCCCGAGCCCUCAACGAGAACGACACGAAUACGAUCGUUACCAACUACUACCAAGUGGGUCCCUGUGAUACCCAGUUGGAGUGUCUGAUGGAUCUGGUUGAGCUGAUUACCGAGGAGCCGCUCUUUAACCAGCUAAGGACUCAGGACAUUGGGUUACAGCUGGGAAUCUAUCAGCGCAUAGGCUACGGGAUCAUGGCCUUCGUGAUCACCAUUAAUACGCAGGAGACCAAGCACACGGCUGAAUUCGUGGAGAAGCGCAUCGAGACAUUCCGGAGUGGAAUGUCCAAGUUGGUUUCCAAUAUGAGUGAUGCCGAAUUUGUGGCACUUCAAUCUCUCGUGAGUAGUAAACGGCUGGGAGACACCAGCUUGGACGAGGAGGUUAUGCGAAAUUGGAGUGAAAUCGUAACCAGGGAAUAUUUCUUUAAUCGGGUGGAAAUGCAAAUACAGAUGAAACAUUUGUCAAAGAAGCAUGUCCUAGACUUCCUCCACGACUACGAAAAUAAUAACUUCCGAAAACUUUCAGUGCAGGUUGUGGGAAAGAGUAACCGAUCCGGUGACAGCCAGGCGGGAUCCUUGGCGGGCAUAUUGGAUGUGGUUCAUCACAGUAUUUCUGGGGCAAUAUCUGGAAAAAUAAAUAUCAAGUUCUUGGGUACCGAAGAUCCUGCAAAUAUUAAAGACAUUUCGGCCUUUAAACAAAAUCUUUAUGUUUAUCCAUUGGUAUUUACUAACCCAACGUUAUCAGCAAAAUCUUAGGCAAUAAAAGUGAAAUAGCCUCUUUA